AACAUCGAUAUCACCGCAAACAUCGAAAGGUAUCGACUGCAAAUAUCGACGUUUUUUCACAUCGCUAAGCCCAAUCAGAAAUUAGAAAUAAAUUAAGUAAUUUGUGCGGAAUAAAAGCGAGCGUGCGGCCGAUGCGAUAACCGCGAUCCCCGUCGCCCUCACCCCGCCGCCACCACGCCGUGAUGCAGGCAACCAGCGCAGUGGCCGGAAAACUCGGAAAACUUGGCGAACGCAGCUCCAACGGCAGAAACAACAACAGUGCAAGCACAGCCCCACAAAACUCGGUGUAGUGAAGGAAUUAAAUCUAAUUAUAACAAGAAAACAAGCGAAGGGCAAGCCCAACCCCACGGCGCUUAAUUAGUGGCGACAGCCAGCGAUAUUUGUGGCUGGGGAGGAGCACCUGCAGCGCCCGCAGAGCCACCACUAGCACCACUGGCACCUGGCAUUCACAUGGGCUGAGUGCCGAGUGGAAUUGGUGGAUCGGCGAAGGCGCAGCAGCAGCAGCAGAGCAGGUGCCGCACCAGCAAUGGCCAACCAACUGGACGCCAGUGUGAAGGACGACCUGAAGACGCAGUUCGUCACCCGCGAGGGCACCUACCGCCUGCUGACCCUUUCGGAGUACUCGCGGCCCAACCGGGUGGGCUACAGCAGCAACCAGAGCUCGCCGCAGGUGCGCGUCUCCAUGGUGACUCUGCCCAGUCCGGCGCAGGGCAAGCUGGGCACGGAUGGGGGCGUGGGCGUGGGCUCACCUGUGGGUGCAGGAGGAGCAGCAGCAGGAACCACAACCACAACGAAUGGCAGUUCGCCAGGAGCGUCGCCCACGGGAGCAGCAGGAGCCACCACAGCAAUAUCCAAUGGAGGCGCCGGCGGUGACAGCAACUAUAGCCACAGCCACAGCAACCACAAUAGCAACAGCAACAGCAACAGUGCAGGGAACAGCACUGUGGAGGCCCGUCUGGGCGGCGGCAUCUCCAUGCACUCCAUGAUGAACGGCGGUGUCGUUGACCAGAAUGGUGUGGCCACCAACCAGGUCCUAGGAGGCGAUCGCAUAUGCUUCAACUUCGGACGAGAUCUCUACGUUUACUCCUUUCGGGGAGCCAAGAAGGGCACGGAGAUGAGCAAGCCGAUCGAUAAGAAGUUCUACAAGGGCACCAAUCCCAGCUGCCACGACUUCAACGCGAGCACGGCCACGCCCACGGGAGCGCCCCUGCUGGUGGGCUUCACCACAGGUCAGAUCCAGCUGGUCUCCCCGCACGUUGGUCCUCGGGAAGUGAGGAAGCUCUUCAACGAGGAGCGGCUGAUCGACAAGACCAAAGUGACCUGCCUAAAGUGGCUACCCAACUCACCGCACCUGUUCCUCGCCGCCCACGCCUCAGGUCACCUGUACCUGUACAACGAGGAACUGCCCUGCGCCGCCACAGCGCCCAGCUAUCAGCCCUUCAAGCUUGGCGACGGCUAUACGAUACUCACUAGCAAGUCCAAGACCACAAGGAACCCGCUUUUCAAGUGGGUCUUCAGCACCGACAACUGCUGCGUCAAUGAGUUCUGCUUCUCGCCUUGCGGCUCUCACUUGGCGGUGGUUUCCCAGGACGGUUUCCUGCGCGUCUUUCACUACGACACCAUGGAGCUGCUUGGAAUCGCACGCUCCUACUUCGGCGGCUUUCUGUGCGUGUGCUGGUCCCCCGACGGCAAGUACAUUGUUGUGGGUGGCGAGGACGACCUGGUGACCGUGUGGUCGCUGCACGAGCGACGAGUGGUGGCUCGCGGACAAGGCCAUCGGUCCUGGGUAUCUGUGGUAGCUUUUGAUCCGUAUACCACGUCGUACACAAACUGGGAUGGCGGCGACUUCAGCGACGAUGAGAAUCAAAUGAACGAGUACUCCCAUUCGCGAGAGGCGCGCUUCUCCGGAGAUUCCACGGCCAACGGUGGCUUUGAUGGUUUUGACCGGAACUCUACACCCGUACACGCUGCCCGGAACGGGCCACACUCGGCCUCCUUUCGCUCGGACGCUUCUUCGGCGGAAAAGCUUAUGAGUUAUAGACUUGGCUCCGUCAGUCAGGAUACGCAGAUCUGCCUGUGGGACAUCACGGAGGACGUGCUACGACAUCCAUUGGUGCUGAGGCAGCGAGCAAACAGUGAAAGGGGCUAUCUCAACGGUGGCGUUGAUGAAGAAGCGGAAGCAGAGGACGGCAUCAAGGUAAUCCGACCAGUGGCCAUGUCUGGUCAAGCCCCUGGACCACAAGCGGAAUCCGGCAGCUGUAGUCCAACACGGGAAGCAGCGGGCGGAGGCGCAACAAACGGUGCCGGCGAGCACAGCAAUAGCAGUUCCAGCAAGUUCUCCACCGCCAACUGCACGAUAUCCUCACAAUCCUCGCCCGACGACUGCGACACCGAGGCAGCCACUCCCGCCUCGACUUCAUCGAAUGCAGGCGCAGGCUCGGUGGCUGGAGCGGGAGCGGCGGCCUCAACGAAGCAGAACAACCGCAACCAUGGCACUGGCAACUCAAUCAAAUUCCCCAACUGCAUCAGCGCCACCAAGUCGGACAGCAUUGAUGGAGGCGGCGGAAGCGGGAGUGGACAGAGGCCAUCGCAGACUACAUCGGGAUACAACAGCAAGACUUCCAACAGCUCGAACAAGUCCUCCAACUCGGGCAGCGGCUUCAGCGCCUUCAACAGCCUCACGCAGCGUCUCUCGAACUUCAGCUUCCUGAGCAGCUCGGAAAAGAAGGCCGCUGGCUAUGACGGAAGCCACACGACGGCCCACCGUCAGCACCGCAAGGCAAUGAGCAUGCUGAAGAGCUACAACCAACACAACCACACUGGCGGACACAACAACCACAGUCAGAGUAACAACAGCAGCUCCUCCAACUUUGGCCACUCGAGCACUCUGGAUUCGGGUGCGGCUGGCGCCAUCGGCAGCAGCUCGACGGCGCAUAGCUUCGGAUCCCUGAAGCUGAGCAGGUCCUCGCACCACUCCUCAUUGGCCACAGCCGCCCAUGCGUCGGGAUCUGGAGCGGGCUCUGGCUCCGGUGUAAGCAGCUUCGAUCCCAUGCAGCUCAUCGGGACGCCCGCCUGCCCCCGUUUCGAUGAGUGCCCCCUGCUGGAGCCGCUUGUCUGCAAGAAGAUCGCCCACGAGCGGCUGACGGCGCUGAUCUUUCGCGAGGACUGCUUCCUGACGGCGUGCCAGGAUGGAUUCAUCUACACCUGGGCGCGGCCAGGUCAUGCCACGCACGCCACUCAGCACUUGUCACCUGGACAGACGGCGGCGCCCGGCGGGACGGUAAUUUAGUUCAAUAAAGUGGACUUGGUCAACUAUCAGCGUAAUCUUGUCAAGCAGCAGGAGCAGGAGCAGCAGCAGAAGCAGUCGGUGAUCUAGGUUAAAGCUAGGCGAUUGAUUUCGGUAAUUUAUUGAUAGGAGCAAGAGUUUUAAAGGUUUUUAUGUUGCGUAUUUUGUAUUCCAAAUGUAGCCUAAAUGAGUUUAUGAACCACACACAGACACACCGUACACCCGUAAUAUAUAUAUAUUUAUAUAUAUACGAUAUAUAGCUAUGUACAACAUAACUACGAUCUAUACGCAGCAUCAGGCAACAGAACAAACGUAUAUGUUUAAUCUAAAUUAUUAGUUGUAAAUGUAUUAUUUUUUUAGUACGUGGAAUUUGUUGAAAACAAAGCAAAGCAUGUUUAUAACUAUUUACUAAGUGCUAGCCUACACUACACACGAUAAAUAAAGCAAAAGAACGAAGAAGCGAACUGCAUUAGCGAACUAAAAUAAACAGAAUCAAAUAGAGGAAUGAGAAA